GUAACGAGUUAAAAGUAAAUACAAGUUGAAUGUAACACAUUGCUUUUUCACUAAAAUCCUUCUAUUGUAUUUUGUAUUUAUUUAUUUCUGUUUUUCUUUGAAUAAUAUAUGUUGAUUCUACUGUUCACUAUUUAGACUUUUAUUUUGACAUUUUCUUCUGGCGCUCUGCUGACGCCAUUUUCAAGUGACUGCGCGCCUCUCGCCAGUUCACAUUGGUUAUGCUGGGGAGAGGUAAGCGUUUUUCGGAGCUCUUCAUUUUAUGAGUGAAAUAAGUUUACAAAGUGUAUAAAUCGACUAAAUAUCUUAUUGUAAAUGGUACUGAGACUAUUUGCAGUGUUCUGUUGUAUGUUUUAUAUGCGAGUGGAUUAGGAAUGUGAAGUUAUAUCGUGUGGGCCGUAUGAUAUGUUAUUCGCUGGGUUUUGAGUCAUCAAUUAGCUAACAAAUGUUAUAUUACACAGGAUUGUCUCGUGAAACGCCCACCAGAGUGAGAUAUGAACUUUAUACAUGUUAAUCCACAGGCUUCUCAAUACUUGACUGGACCCCAGUGACACCUGUCACUCCAAAGGUGAAGAACAUCUGCCUUGAGGUGAAGUCAGACAUAGAGGCGAAGGCUGGAACCAAUUUUGAUUGUGCAGGAAGGAACAAACUAUGUGGUGAAGGUUGGGGGAAAUAAAUGUGUUCAUGCGAUGAUAUUUCAACUCCCCCGCUAUGGAGGGGAACUGACUGUGACUAGAGUCCAGUACCCUAAAUCCCGCAGUGACCCUCUGUUCCCCUUCUGAACACGUCUUACCACAUAUGAAAUUGUCUCUUAUCUAAUAACAAACACAUACAAUGAGCUGUAUAGAACAACUAUUGAAAACUGUUUCAUUCCUCAAUAUUAAACUCAAUAUUCAAACCCUCAGUGUGUCAGUGUUUAUGUGAAGAACACCAAAUUCACUUCACAUUACUAAAAUUGUUUUAUGCUGAAAGAAAUAAUAAACAUAAAAAACAUUUAAAAACAAAAAAAUCCUCAUUCCAAAUCUUUAUAAACAAAAGGUAAAAUAAAAUCAUGCAAAAUGACAUUUAUUUUUUUAAUUGUAAGAUUUAAUUGACUGUCUGAAUGACUUUUAAGGGGGAAAAAAAAGUUUUUUUUAAAAAAAGAAAAGAAAAAAAAAGUAAAACAUGAAUGACAUUCAUUUUUAUUUUUUUUGUCUAAAUGAAUGUAAUUUUAAAACAUUUCUUAAUAUACAAACUGUAUUUUUAUACUGAUAUGAACUGAAAUCUUGUUCAUCUCAACCUCACGUCAUUCCAAACCUGUACAGUUUCUCUUCUUCAGUCAGUUUUCAUGAGAGGAGCAGUUUGAAAAUGAAAUGAUCAAAAUCCACAAAUGCUUACACAAAAUAUGAACAUGAACAUGUAUUUUUUAUUUCCCCUGCAAAAGAGAAGGGUUUAGCUCUGGUCUGUCCUAGGAAGUACAAAUGUGUGGCCAGGUAUAACCAUAGAUAGAUAGAUAGGUAUAAACAUAGAUUCAUUGCCGAACAAGUGGAUUUAUUCUGAAAAGAAAUAUCUUCUUCAAGCGUUCCGGUGAGAUCGAAAAUGUCAGUAAGGCCUUGCAACGUCUGCGUGGGACCCAUUGAGCUCCCGGACGGACGUGACUUCUGGUGCCGACAUCCUCGUGUCGUUUGGGGCUCCCGGUGAGAAGCGUGAGGAUGCCAUGUCAAUGGCUGCGUCCGACUCAAUUGAUUGGGCAGGCAGCCCCAUGGAGUAUUCCACAUCUCAUCGUAGUGAGGCUGCCUAUGCGGAUUAAGAACUCCUUCGUAUUCUCUCUAAGGCAGUGGAGGAACUCGAGCUGGAGUGGGCUUCUCCCGUCGAACCAGAACACAGCAGGUUGGACGAGUGGUUUCUUUAACCCGGCCAAAGACCAGCCCCCGCCUUUAAGCCACGGAAGGAGCUGGAGCUUCCAGUCAGGCCCAAGGAGCCCCGAGCUGUUCGUUACCCCUUUCCUAAACGGCAAGGUCUUCGCCCAUCAGGAGUCUCGGCCCCGAGAGCCCAGCCGCGCUCCGGAUGGCCCGGUAAGGAAGAGGAACCUGCAGCUCAGCGUUGCACAUGAGCUGGCAUCAAAAUGUGCCUGUUUAAAUCCUCUGACAGUUUCGCUCGUCCCCCUGCCUGUUGCAGGCGUCGAGAGUGUUGUGAAAUGUUCUGUUGUUGUUUGCUGUGCAAUAAAAAAUGUUCAACUUCAUAAAAAGAGCUGUUUUCCUCUUCCGAUUGCCACUCACACUCACUGUUCGGACGGCUUUCUGCCCCCCGCAAACGAGCUGUCACAUCACUUCACAAUGACACCUCUCGCACUCUACGCAGAGAAAUGGAGAGCGCUGCUAAGCGCGUCAAGGUGGGUAUUGAAUAUCAUAGAAAAGGGAUACACUGCAAUUUGCUCGCAGACCACCCCGUUUCAAUGGCGUGGCAAUGGCAAAGCGCUCAUUCAGAAUGAUUACAUUAAAACAAAUCCUCGUUCAACGAGGGACUAUUAUACUAUAAUAUUAUCUUUCUUGCAAGAGCGCUUAGAUUGUGGCCGCGCGCCUUCUACGCUCAAAGUAUAUGUUGCGGCCCGGGUGACUGCAAGGUUAUAAAUCAGCUUUUGUCUCUAGUGAGCCUGUGAUGGGGGAAAAGUGUUCAAUGAAGCCCAUCCUGCUGCAGAAAGGGAGGGUUUCUGCAGCAAGAUGGACACUUUUGCCAGAUUCUACAAUCUGGAUGUUUCUUCGAUAGCCUCUCGAUUUCUGUCUGUACAGGAGAGCUAGGUUUAAUAUGUGGCCCAUUCAGCUUGCUGUAUGCUGCUAUACACCAAGCGUUAUGCUGCUUCAGAGUACAGAGCUGCAUGUAUACACACCCUGUCCCCUGCUCAUGGGUGCGGUGUUUCAACAAGGUCCGCUAGGUUGCCUUUUUCACAGCAGAGUAGCGCCGGCGCUGCUGCCGCCUUAACUACCCAGUUAUACUCCUGUCGGAGUGGGUUCCAGCUAAUGUUACGUUGCGUCAUCCCUGCAUUUUGGCAUAGCGUAACAACCCUAAUGUCGUAUUAAUGAACUGGGACUCGCCGCUUCAUUUUGCAAUCACCAUAAGAUGGAUUAAACUGCUUGAUUUAUGUUUCUAAAAUAAAUAAAAUAUAAUGAGGGAAUCGUGUUGGCGUAAGUUGAUCUUUGAUUAAUUUGUACUAAUGAACUGGGAUUAACCGCUUCAUUUUGGCAAACUAUCUUUCGGCUGUGUAACAUAGACUGCAUGUGUCAAGUUAGACCAGGUGCCGCCUCCGUAUCAGUUGGAUGCGACUGUCAUUAAACCGUCUGACAUUGGCCCGAUCCAACUAGUCAAAUUUAUUAUUCCAUAAGCGCAUUUUGUCGCUCUUUUGUCUCUUAAUAAGCGGUCACUGACCCCUUUUCAUCAGCGAGAUAUGGUUGUGGUUUACAACAUUCACAAGCUCACUGGUACUGCUCGAUGAACGCGCUUAGGGCGGAUGAGUAAGGCCCCCUUCCUCCCCCCUUUCUUUUGAUGUGGUGUUUCAACCAGGUCCGCUAACAUACACGUCAAAUUUGGUCGGCGCUGGCGUUGCCGCCACCUAACCAAUCCAUAACGCUGAACCUCUGAGAGGCUGGUCAAGUCAAGUCAAGUCAAGUGACCUUUAUUUAUAUAGCGCUUUUUACAAUGCAGAUUGUGUCAAAGCAGCUUUACAGUGAUAACUGGUAUAUAAUUUUGGUUGCACAGCAGCUCUUAAAGAAAAUGGUGUCAGUAUCCAUCUUAAGUAAAUUAGUACUGGAGUAAACAGUGAUAUCAUCAUCCCUCAUUUCAGGGAACCGAGGUUACGCCAGUAACCAGAGACAUUCCGGGCUGGAUCUUCGGCGUGCUGCGUUUGGCUGUGGAGAAAAAAGAGAGUCCUACAUUUAAAAAACAAAAUAAUAAUAAUAAAAAAAAAAUAUCACGUUCGAGUUCAUGAGUUCCCCUACCAAUGGUAUGAGAGGAACACAGCUUUCACUCUUAACCAAACUAAUAUUACUAGCCAAUCAAUAGUAGAAUGGGGCGGGUUUUGGAAAACGUGUGGUUGAGAUCCAGCUGCAACCGAGUCCUACUAACUCAGAGGGAGAUCGGGGUGAAAAGCACAAUAAACCUCUCAAGAAUUGAAAAUGGGCUACUUUCCCAUAGACUGGAGUGAGACCAUAGACGUUUCCCGAGGUGUCGCAAUCUUUUUUGGCGGUCUGUGGUGUGACAGAUUGCUGUAGCGCUUCAGUUCACUCACAGCGCACUUGAACGGACCAUCUCCUCCGCUUUACUAGUUACAACACAAAAUAAAUAUGAAUGAACAUCCUCAGGUUGGUGGAUUCGCGCUGAAUUACAGACUAGAAGCGCUCGAGCGCGCUCUCUCUCUCUCUUUCUUGCAUGCGAUCCCAGUUCUCUCAGACAGCGCGUGUUUACGUCCUUAAGUGGACGUAAACAUUUGGGUGAAAACAGGAUAUGUGUCAGUAUCCAUGGAUUCGGUCUUAAAGGGACCGUAGCCUAUAUUUGUCAUUAACGUUAAUAAAACAACAAAAGAUGUUAAAUAAAUGUAUACAUGGUAAAUAAUGACCACUGUAUCUGAAAAACAAGUGUUAUAUAUAUUGGUAAUUAUGCCCUUUGAAGGUUAUUGGACACUGUGAAAUUUCUGUUUUUUAAGUUUGUGACAAGCACAUAAAAAUUAUUACUUUUUUAUAUUAGAGUAAUAAUAAAGAAGCUGUACUACAUUCAUUAGUCUCAAUGUGUUGGGCUUGGGAAAACUGCAACAUCACCCAAAAAAAAGAGAGAGAGAGAGAGAGAGAGAGAGAGAGAGAGAGAGAGAGAGAAAUUAAUAAAUGUAUAGGCAUCGGUAUCGGUAUUGGCGAGUACCAGAAAAAAAGUAUCGGUACUCGUACUCGUGGUAUCGGUGCAUCCCUACCGAAAUCCAUAUCAUGCCACAUGUAAUCGAUCAAUCAGCGUGUCAACCGCGAAAACGUGUCAAUAAAACAGCUUGUAAAAAUAUCACAUUUACCAUCACAUUUACCUCAGAAAAGCCGUUCAAUGUCCAAAAAUUCAUUAUCAGCUACAAAAAUGAACUUAGAGAGGAGCAUUUUGCACUAUAGGCUAUUGCAUAUUCAUUGUAUUUGUACUUUAACCUGCUUCAAUAUUAAAUGUAUAAAUCUGUUUUAUGACAGCCACCAUUUAAAUGUUUAGACAAAUCUGCAAAGUUAUAAAGCAAAUAUUCUCCCACAAAGAGGUUUUUUUCUUGGUUUCGAUUGAAUCUGACUCGGGCCCGAACUGAUAAGGUAAAGCUGACAACAUUAUUAUUAACUGUGUGUUUUUUUAAAUGCUUUAAAAGCCUUGGAAGCUUUGGGCAACCCAAGUUCAAAUCCCAGCUAGUGGACUUUUCCUGAUCCCGUCACCCUCUCUCUCUUCCACUUUGCUUCCUGUAUACAUACUGUCCUAUCACAAUAAAAAGCAAAAUCACCAAAAAAUAAAUCUUUAAACUAAUGCUGGUUGAGCUCAUCCACACACUGAAUAGAAUUAGCAUCUUUUAAGCCACUACAUCAGCCUCUCUCAUCAUAUUGGUGAGGGAACAAAUCCAACUCUUUUGCCGUUGGAUUCAGUUCUCCCCAUGGAUUUUACACAAUGAGGUUCUAAUAUUUAUCAAACUGAAACAGGCUAGUCAAUGCCAAUAGCCUAGUGGGCGACUCACUGACAUAUAGCACCCUUGUGCUUUGGGCAACCAGAGAUCAAGUCCCAACUCGUAGAAUUAGCAUCUUUUCAGUCACUACAUCAACCACUCUCAUCACAUUGUUGGGGGAACGGAUUCUAACAGCUGGAUUGUUUGCUGUUACAUUUUUUCUCCACCAUGUUUCUUACACAGUGAGGUUCUAAAGGCAUCUUUACACAGCCGAUUUAUGGCUGCUCUAAAGCGAUUCUGCGUCUGCUCAGAAUUCAGUGUAAAGACGCAAUGCCGCAUAAAAGCAGACCUAAAAUACGCCGAGUCUCACCCACCUCAGGCCCUAGUAUCAAAGGCGAAUCUGAUACUGUUCUGGUUCAGUGUAAAUGAACGCAAAAUAUAGCCACACUAAACUACGUCAUUGUCAUGACAACCAAAAGCAUUCCAGUCAGCUCAGGCGGCGCGAGAUUCAAGAAGCAGGGGACGAAACAUAUAGGGCAAAUUAAAAAAAAAUGUCUACCAACAAGGGGCAGUGAAGUAAAAGAGUCCUGUACUCACAUUGUGAAGCAAACCACCAAAAUAACAGCAGAGAAUCGUUGUGUGUCAUCAAUUGGCUUUCGCCGUUUGUAAUCUUCCUAUGAAGAGACUGUCAGAUCAAUGCGCUGCUACAUUUCUCUCAGAUACGGUAAAUGCUUAACACAAUGCAUUGUUAUAUCUCCUUGAGGACGAUAUUUCACCCACACACGACGGUCUGGUGACAUCUGCUGUCCUGCCUGACACGCAAACGCUAGCAUCAUUUGUUGUUUCUGGCUCUUUGGGAAAAAAAAAAAAAGAAAAAAAAAAUGUUCGACCUCUUUUAAUCCUGUGGUGAUCUACCUGGUGUAAUAAUGAAUAAUUUCUUUGUAGCAUUUGUUCCAACUGUAACAAUUUUUAUUAAGAAAUAUCAGUAUUAUUAAAUAUCAGUAUUUAUAAAAUAAAUAUCAGUACCACAGAAUUAUGACAAACAUCGUGAGAUAGCUAUAGCACACAGAGGAAAUUAAUUUAAAAUGUUGUAUUUUUUUUUAUUUCGAGUUUUAUUUCAUUGUUUAUUAUUUCAUUAUUUUUAAAUUCAUUUUGUUAAAACUGUAGUUUUAAAAUAGUUAUGUUCAAAGCAUUGUUUCCCACGAUUUUAAUUUCUGUGUAAAUGCAUUUAUGCUGCUUGAGAGAAGCAUUAAACAGUCUGUGUAAAUGCAGAUUUUUGUGAUUUUAUGCCGCUUCAGAGUUGGUUUCUGUGCCGUUUUUUCUGUGUAAAGAUGCCUUAAUAUUAUCAAGCUGAUGCUGGUUAAACUCCAUGCACUCACAGAAUAGAAUCAGCAUCUUUUUAGCCACUACAUCAGCAUCUCUCAUCAUGGAUAACAGAAACACAGGAUGGCCACAGGUGAUGGCAAACAGGAUUUCAGUGGUAAGCCUGUGUAGAACCUAAUUCAACAGCAAAUGAGUUAUGAUUUACCUGAGUGUAAGCAAGCAGAAAAAUAGGAAAUGUUUAUAGAGGAUAGGCAGUUUAUGUAUGUAUAUCCUAAUCACAGUCUGUAUCACAGUCCAUAGAGCUUGUUGAUGGACAUCACUGCAUUGAGCUUCCAUUGAAGAAAAAGGAUGUAGUGUUUCCCAACAACUAUGUUGUUACUUCUCUGCUCAAUUUCUGAAUAGGAAAUUCAAAAGAAAUUCGGCUUUCAACUAGGACUAUUGUAUUUUCAUGGAGGACAUGUUACUCAAAGGUCAUGCUGAAAAAAUUCCUGCAAGUGAAAUUGAAGGAAACCCUGUCAGAAUCUGUAUCUAUAUCCCACACCACAGGGUGUAUCACCCACAAAAACACAAACUUUGAGUGCUGUUUGACUGCGCAGCUACCUACUAAGGAAAAUCACUCAACUUUCAACUGUUAUAAGGACCCAACUUGAAUAAUUCUCUCAUUGGUGUGCUGAUGAGAUUCAGACAUAAGCCAAUAGCCCUUGCAGCAGAUGUAGAAGGGAUGUUUCAUCAGAUCAGAGUUCCUGCUAAAGACAAAGACCUGUUGAGAUUCCUUUGGUGACCUAAAGGGGACACUGCUCAGGAAAUGGAGGAAUGCAGAAAGACUGUUCACUUAUUUGGUGCUACAUCCUCCCCAAGCUGUGCAAUCUACGCUCUGCAAAGCUGUGCAAAAGACAACAGUGCACAGCACAGAUCAGAGGUAAUUCAGACAGUCCUUGGGAAUUUCUAUGUGGAUGACUGUUUGACGUCUGUGGCUGCCUGACGUAAAGAGCUGUUCACAUUGAGAUUGUUAGCUCUUUGGAUACUGACUCAUGCAUUCAUGCACUGAGGAGAUUCAUUUCUAGAAGGUGUUAGGUUCAAACAAUCAGAUCUGACAAUGGAACAAAUUUCAUUUUCAGAGAUUCAGUCAAGACUAUAUGUUAUCUUUAAGAAAUUAGUUUGGCUCUUUGGUAUAAAUAGGUUGGUAAUUGUUUUGCUGAACAAAGACAAUUAGGGGCUGGUAUGUAAGAGCCAAUUUAAUAUGUCAAUAAUUUGUAUAUUAUUAUUGUAUGCUUAAAGUGUUGAUUUGCAAGUAAUAAAUAAUUCUGAUAUUUCCUGUAUAUAUUGCCAAAAGUUUUGGGAUGCCUGCCUUUACAUGCACAUAAACUUUAAUGACAUCCCAUUCUUAAUCCGUAGGGUUUAAUAUGGAGUUGGCCCACCAUUUGCAGCUAAAACAGCCUCAACUCUUCUGGGAAGGCUUUCAACAAGGUUUAGGAGUGUUUUUAUAUGAAUUUUUGACCAUUCUUCUAGAAGCGCAUUUGUGAGGUCAGGCACUGAUGUUAGACGAGAAGGCCUGGCUCACAGUCUCCGCUCUAAUUCAUCCCAAAGGUGUUCUAUCGGGUUGAGGUCAGGACUCUGUGCAGGCCAGUCAAGUUCCUCCACACCAAACUCGCUCAUCCAUGUCUUUAUGGACCUUGCUUUGUGCACUGGUGCACAGUCAUGUUGGAACAGGAAUCCCCAAACUGUUCCCACAAAGUUGGGAGCAUGAAAUUGUCUUGUCUUGUCCAAAAUGUCUUGGUAUGCUGAAGCAUGAAGAGUUCCUUUCACUGGAACUAAGGGGCCAAGCCCAACCCCUGAAAAACAACCCCACACCAUAAUCCCCCCUCUACCAAACUUUACACUUGGCACAAUGUAGUCAGGUAAGUACCGUUCUCCUGGCAACCGCCAAACCCAGACUCGUCCAUCGGAUUGCCAGACAGAGAAGUGUGAUUCGUCACUCCAGAGAACACGUCUCCACUUCUCUAGAGUCCAGUGGCGGCGUGCUUUACACCACUGCAUCCGACGCUUUGCAUUGCACUUGGUGAUGUAAGGCUUGGAUGCAGCUGCUCAGCCAUGGAAACCCAUUCCAUGAAGCUCUCUACGCACUGUUCUUGAGCUAAUCUGAAGGCCACACAAAGUUUGGAGGUCUGUAGCUAUUGACUCUGCAGAAAGUUGGCGACUUCUGCGCACUGUGCGCCUCAGCAUGCGCUGACCCCGCUCUGUGAUUUUACGUGGCCUACCACUUCGUAGCUGAGUUGCUGUUGUUCACAAUUGCUUCCACUUUGUUAUAAUACAGUUGAACGUGGAAUAUUUAGUAGUGAGGAAAUUUCAUAAAUGGACUUAUUGCACAGGUGGCAACCUAUCAUGGUACCACGCUUGAAUUCACUGAGCUCCUGAGAGCGACCCAUUCUUUCACAAAUGUUUGUAGAAGCAGUCUGCAUGCCUAGGUGCUUGAUUUUAUACACCUGUGGCCAUGGAAGUGAUUGGAACACCUGAACUCAAUGAUUUGGAGGGGUGUCCCAAUACUUUUGGCAAUAUAGUGUAUAUUUCAGUAUUAUUUCCUAUGUUUUCUGAUGUAUAAUUUCUGUACUGUUUCUUUAACGGCCACAACCACAUGUUGUUAUGCAACAUUGAACAAGUUCAAGCAGGGAAAUAAGGGAGAAACAGUUUUCUUACUGUUUUGCUGUCAUUUAUGGAUAAAACUUGUGUUUAAAUCUUUAAGGAAACACAAGAUAAAGGUUUAACAAGUGUAAUAUCAUAGGAUACAAGAACCAACAGCAUUUUUGUAUAUUUUUGUAUUUUUGUGUUUUGAUUAAAUUCAUACUUGUUUACAGAUUUUUGACUGACUUCUGUGAUGAGUAAGAACCCAUUUUUCCUGCCACUGCAAUACCAGUGAAGUUAAUCUAGGACUUUGCAUCUACAGCUAUAGGAUAUGUUGAAUAAUGUUUGUUUGUUUAAUUGAUUUCUUUCCCAAGUUGCACUGACUGCUCUAAAAUAUGAGACACCAAUGUUUCAGGAGUUUAGGACACAGAAUAGGACACAUGCUUAUUCAAUAAUGGAUUUAUUUCCUAUUUGAGUUUAUGUAUAUGCUUUAUUUUUUAAGAUUAACUGUUUUUCCAAGGCAUUGUUAGAUUCCAGUGUUUCCUAUCAUAGCUAUGCAAAGAUUUGAUUUCAAAAACAGUAUCAUAGAUAUUAAACUAUUUCUUGUUAUGAUUUUAAAUCUUUAUUUAACCUCAGAAUGAUCUCAAAGUAAAAAGAGGUGCUAAAGUCUAAUUCUGUGGUGGCUGUGCUUUAAAAUUAAAUUAUUGUAAGUGAUGAAGAAUUUUGAAAGUCUGACAGUAAUCAGUCUUGAGUACUAUACUGUUAGGUUAACCCGCCUGGUUUAAAUGUUUGAAAAUGAUUAACAGUUGAAAACAUUUGUUAGAAAUAAAAAAAAAUAAAUAAUCAAA